UAAUAGAAUUGCUGCCAGUUGCAGACUUGCUCAGCAGUUAUUCUUUCAGUUACUUGCCACCUGCAAUAAAUAUAGAAAUUGGGAGAAAAAUAAAAUAGAAAAAAACAAUUUUAAAGUAAAUAAAAUAAUUAAAUGACCACAAUCAUUUUCUCCUGAUUUUUUUCGAUACGAAAAUUCAAUUUUUUGAAUGCACUAGAAAAAAUAUAUAUUGAUGACGUUGCUUUUACUAUGAUAAUCUAUUGGCUUAGUCCAUCUCCACUCAACAAACCAAAAAAAAAAAAUAAUAGAAUAUAAUGAAAUUUAUAAAUAAUAUUAAUAACGUGUGGCGAAAGAAACAACGUCCAAGCACUGACGAAAACUGGAGCACUUAUUUAUUUUUCGCUGUUUUGCGAAUGGUUCUGGUAUUCAUACCUCAGCUUGGAUAUGUGCAUCCCGACGAGCACUUUCAAAGUGUGGAGAUUAUAAAUGGGGACCAUUUUCAAUUGGAACAUGUGCGUACCUGGGAAUUUAACAAUACAAUGCCUAUGCGAAGCAUGACGCUGCAGUUUCUUUUACUACGUAUUCCCUGCAGUGUUCUGGAAGUUGUUGCUGUUUAUAUCAAGUACUAUUUUAGGAAGGACAUACUUUGGAGCUAUACCUUUUUGGUUUUUCCUCGCUUGAUAUAUUGCAUCGUAUCAUAUUUGAAUGAUUGGUCCUUAUACAAAGUUUGUCGUUUGUAUGGUCUCAAACAUGAAAUUCGUUUGUUAACGAUGGGAAGCAGUUGGGUGAUGUUGGUUUUCGGCACUCACACCUUUUCCAAUACCAUUGAGAUGACUUUAUGCUCUUUGCUGUUAUAUUUUGUGGCGGAGUGUAUGAUUACUACUAAUACGUUGGUUUAUAAAAAGGAAUACUUGGAAGAGAAAUAUGAUAAGGCUUCGUCCAUUGGAGAACGUGUAAAGAUAUGGAAGUUAAAAAACUCUUUACCCUCUCACAAUUUCAAUCGCCUCUUUAUAAUGGCUUCCUUGUGUGUAACUGGAGUAUUUAACCGUCCAACUUUUUUUUUAUUCGGAGCUCCAAUGGUUUUCUUUUGGCUUUUAAGAGGCAUGGGAUCCAAAGCGGUUACCUUUGUGCAUUUCCAUUUACGUAUGCUUUUAUUUUGCUUGAGUGCUAUACCUGCUACAGUUUUCUUCAUUAUCUGCGAUUCCUUAUAUUAUCGUUAUUUAACAGCUGGGGAGAUACAUAUGAUGAAUGUUGAUAUAAAUAAUUUUAUAUUUACGCCUUGGAAUUUCAUUAAAUAUAACUUGGACUCUGGGAAAACAGCUCAGCAUGGUUUACAUCCUCGGUACAUACAUUUACUUAUUAAUAUGCCAUUACUUUAUGGUGUAUUAGGUGUAAUAGCUUUAGCUACAUUCGGUCAAUUAAUGAUACGGUUUUUUCGUGGCGAGUAUCAGGCUUUGCCUAGAGUUCAGAGUAUUGCUGGCUUAAUGUCAGCCUCAAUGUUUGUACCUUUGUUUUUUUUAUCGCUUAUUAAUCAUCAAGAGCCCAGAUUUCUUAUACCAUUAAGCUUUCCAAUAAUAAUUUUACACGCUCCCAAACUAAUGACAGGCUUCUGCAGUCAAUAUCCUUUUCGUAGCGAACACAGUUUGCUUAGAUGGCUUUAUCAGAAUAUUUUGUGUACGAAAGCUUCCUCAAAACAAAUUCUAAGAUUUUGGUAUAUUGCGAACAUUUUACUUACGGUAUUUUUUGGUUUUAUACACCAAGCCGGAGUAUUUCCUUUGGCCCAACAUUUUGAGCAAGCAGUCAAAAUGAAACCAGAUAAUCAACAUUUACACUUGAUUACUUCGCACAUGUAUAGCCUGCCAUUAACCUUUAUUAAUUUGCCCAGUUCUCAGCAAAUACAUUUCAAUCGUGAAACCGGUCAGCGUUUCAAACGUUUAAAAGAUUUCUACGUUUAUGAGUAUGGCAACUUGGAUUUGGGACAAUUGUUGGAAAAGCUGAUACUAAUUACUUCCAAUUGUGAGGUGAAAAAGGAAACUAAAAAAUUACAUUAUCGCACGUUUUUGGCUAUACCCACUUCUCUAAGCGGCGAUCUUAAUUAUGCUUUGUCACAGAUAAACGCCACUUUCUUUCAAUAUGAUCUUAAACGAAUUUUCUAUCCUCAUCUGUCAACUGAAGCUUUCCCUAAUGCUUUCGCUAGGCAUCCAUGUAAAAUUGAUCCGCCCCAUUGGAUCAAUGAGAAUUUGGAAGGUACUUGUUUUAUAGAGCAAGAUCCAGCCUUAAAUUUCGCUUAUAUAAUGCAACAGUUUUCAUCAUUUGUGCAUCAAUUCGGUUUAGCUUUGUACGAAUUUAAAUUGAAACGUUGGAAUAAUGUUAAAUUGGGGAAAUUCAAAAAGAAUGAAAAAUGUUAUGUCCAAAUUAAAUAAGAUGGUGUGUGUGCCAUGAAAACAACAUCUAGUCUAUCUUUCUUUAUAUUUAUGCUAAUAAAUUGAAAUAUUACUACUUAUAUCAAUUUGUGAUUUAAGAUACAUUUUUGUAAAAUUUUAUUGCUUAUUUAAAAGGAAAAUAUUUUUAAAAUAUAUUUCUAAUGAUGUGCUUGCUAAAGAAAAAGACAAUUAAUUCUUGGGCUUUAAGAGUUUUUUGUUAGCUCUGUUGACUCGGUGUAUCUGAUGGGCGCGGUAAAUUUACUUUCGGUUUUUCGAACUUGAUUUUAUUUUUUUUUUUUUUAUGUAUCACAGUGAUGAGGAAUAACAUCCAUUUGCAUUAAUACUCCUAAUUUUUCAAUUUGUUAGCGAGCUGGUCUUACGUGAUUGUACGGUGCUUUUCCAUCAUUUAUUCUCAUUUAAAAGAAAUGGUACGGUGCUUUUAUUCAUUUAUUGUCAUUUAACAGAAUUGGCACGGUGUUUUGCACUAUUUAUUGAAAGCAUCUCUGUUCUCUGUCUACUUAAGAAACGGUAUAUUUUUUUAUAAACCAAGUAAAGGAAAAAACCAGCUAACGGCUUUUAGCGAAAAAUCAAAGCAAUUUCACAAUUGCACGAAGAAGUUUCACAAAUGGUAGGCUGAAGUAAACCAGGGACAUUGUCAAUAAAAACAUUCGAUUAACUUUUUUUUAUAAAAUUAACCAGAGUUGUUAUAAGUUAAGAUAAUUCCGCUGUAGGUUAUAACUUAUUCUCUCUGUUUAUCCUAAAGUUUUACGGUUUUCACAAAAAAAAAAAAAAAAAAUCAAGCAAAACCCCAUUCAGAAACCAGCACUAAUUAAGUAUGAAUUGAAAAAACAAAUUAUGACAACUUUAUACUCAUUACUGAAGGAAGCUUCAGAGACUUCACAAAGUAAGUAAUAUAUUCUUGAUCAGCAUCAAAUUCUGAAUCGAUAUAAGCAUCUCCGUCCGCCACUUUAUGUAAUGUCUGUUGUACGCUGUAAAUAUUAAACUAUCCUUUUCAAUACACGAAGGACACGUUCACGGCGCUACGUAAACUGUGAACAGCUCUGUUUUUCAAAAGAAAUACAAUAUUGGUUACUUGCUCGUUACUCCUUAACUAUAGCACUUAUUGUACAAAAAUUUGGAUGCACAUUCUAUGGGCGAUGCCGUGAUACCACUACAAAAAUUGAUCGCGUCUACCUAUUAUUAUAGUGUACCAAUGUCAAGUUUGGCAACUCUGCGCGCGGGUUUUAGACGUGCAGUUUUACUUUAUGCGAAAAAAGUUUGAAAUUUUUUGUCUUAACGUCAUAUAGCUUUAUACGCCUUUAAAGAAUAAUCUAAUUAUAAACUAUAAAAGUCGUUGAAAUUAAGUGAAUUAUAUUCAUCGUUCUGUUGUGGUGUUCAUUUUGCUUUUCAUGAUCAGCAUUUCAUACUCUCCGUAAUAAGUUUUAUUUAUUUAUUUAUUUAAUGUCUAGUUUUGAGAGAUAACUUUUGUGUGAGACAAACUUUUUAGUUUUUUUUUUUCACAAUCUCUGUCCUUUCCCUCUUCAAUCUCUUUUCUGUUACUUUUUGAUAUGGAGUGUUUUACUACAUCAUGUCGACCAAAAACGGACCGCGUUUCUGAAUGAUUGAUUGCUUGUUACCUUUAGAUCUUUCGAAAGGAUUACGUUGGUAAUAGCCAAUUGUAGGAAGCGGGAUAUUCACUUUUCUAAACUUUCCCGCAAACAAGGAGUCACUUUUCUGAAUUAGGCAAAAAUCUCGUGACUUUGUGUGGAAGGUUUGAAAAACUCACGGCAAUGUUCGUUGGGUGGCACUCGUCUUCUGCUCCAGCCUGUAAAAGACCAACGCUAGUGUACUUCACCUUCAUUUUCAUAGCAUUUGCGCUAUCGUUAGCCCCAUCGUUCUAGCUAUUCUGAAGUGGAAAGUGUAUCUCCUCCCAGUGGUGCCGUUCAGAAUACUCUGUGUACAUCUCCGAAACAAUAUAUAAUAAAAAUAACAAAUCCGCCUCUCCCCCUGGCUGCUCGGGGGUGUCUGCUGGUUACGAUGCUGUCCAAAUCGCGCAAGCUCCACGUUCAAUUGUGGUCGUCCCCGCUACAUUCUCCCCAACUCAAAACUCUUAAAACUCUCUACCUGCAAAUUCUGUUGUCUCUAGUAGGAAUGACGUCUGCUUGUCGGCAGUACCCCUGAGAAAAGCUAUAUUCGUGUCAAGACUGGCGUCAGGCACCUCCGCGGAUUACAUAAAUAUUUAUCUGGCUGCAAAGGUCCUAUCCGUCUGAAGCGUGUAAGCAUUAUUAAAUUGGUUCCAUCUCAACCUAGAACUAUCUCGUUUUUUAAAGAUUUAGUUCCGACUGAAUAUAUGGAAAUUUUCCUAAACAAACGAUUCUGGUCAGUUGGAUCCUUAAUUAAGGAAUUCGUUCUUUGGUACCGACUCUGUAAUACUAGGUAGCUCUUCCACCCUCAAAAAACUAAAUGUUUAUUUAGGCCCAGUAACUUUCAUUUACCAAAAUGUUAGGGGCCUAA